CGCUUUUCCGUGUGACCCUUGUAAUGCUGUUUCCGUGUGUUUCCUGACCGUACGCGAGUUUGCAUGUUGUCUACAAGUUUGUGUCUUAUCGCGCGUGGGCUGGCAAUGUGUAAGGGAUGUUGCUACAUCCGGUACAGGAGACCAAAAACUAUGUCAAAGGAAAUUUCUUACAUAAUAUGUCUUGCGCCAAUGAUAUGUAGUGGCCUCGUUUGGGAAUGCUCUCUGGUUUAUUAAUUAAUAGCAGUAUGACCGUAGCCGAAUUUCUGCCAACAAUAUUACACACAGUGUGACAAGAACCAGUAUGUAGAACCCUCAUCCUCCGCGCCGUUUUACUCUAGGUUUUCGGAUGCUACAUCGUUGACUAGGCGUAGUCUCUACACCUAGGUAGAGACAUCUCGACAUAUGUAAUUGUAGGCAUAGCAAUGUUGUAGUCGACGUUGUCUAGCUACUAGGGAUGGGUUUUGAUUGAUGUUUGGUUGUGUGAUCUCGAUGAGUACUUGAAUGGUUGCAUACUUCGUCUGAUUACUAAAUCGCCUAGAGCUCCAUUGCGUUGUCACUACGUAAAAGAAACCCUUCGUUUUGCUUCUUGGUCUUUAAUGAGUGUUGGCACACAACUUUCUAAGACUUCAUCUAGGUAUUACUUUGACUGCCAUACCAUAUGCCAUACGUAAGUAGACGCCCCCAGAUAGGUAAUGUGAUGUAUGAGAAAGAGGUGGUUAGGCUUUGAGAAAGGAAGCAGUAUGAAGAAAGGAAGUGGAAUUGUAGUGUAGCAAGAACUUAGUAUAAAACUGCCUGUUGACUAUCUGACAGUCAGUUAAUUGUCUGUUUGCUAUUUGGCGUUCUUUGUUGCUAAGCCUAUCUUUGCAACGACUGAGUCCCACUCCUUCAUCACAUCUCGACAUUUUAAAUUGUAUCACUUCAGUUCAAUAAGCUCAAGCAAGACAUGCUGCCUGCAAGGUGUUUCGACAAGGCUCCUCCACCUAGGCAAUCUCCGAGGAUAUCGUCUUCAAUUAAGUGUUCUCCAGCUAGAGUUCCUUCGAGGAGGGCUCCUCCAAAGAGGCCUCCUCCAUCUAGAACUUCUUCAAAUGGAGCUUCAUGUUUCGUAUCUUCCAAAUCGUCUCCAUGUUAUCCUUCCACACAUAGUCAUUCACCUCCAUGUGUGUCUUCUCUAAUCAAACCAAGUCAAUCUGCCAAACACAGAAGAGAAAGUGUUGUCCUUUGUCAAUCUUAUCUACCUCUUCUUGUAGACACACCUUCAGACCAGCAAGAGCAUUUAUUUCUUCGGAAAUUGGAGCAAUGUCGUGUGAUGUUCAAUUUCGAUGAUCCAUUAUCAAACUUAAAGGAGAAGGAGGUGAAACGAUCAUGUCUCAGUGAAAUUCUUGACUUUCUUAUGAAGGGACGUAACGUUCUUACUGCUGCAAUGUAUCAUCCGAUUGUAGAUAUGAUUGCCCAUAAUAUCUUUCGGCCACUUCCAGCUGGUGAACGACCAGCCGACUUUGAUGCAGAGGAAGAAGAGCCUCUUUUAGAAGAAUCUUGGCCUCAUUUACAGCUGGUUUACGAGUUUUUGUUGCGAUUUCUUGAGUCAGGCGACUUCCAGGCAGCCAUUGCCAAGAAGCACAUUGAUCAGAAAUUUGUCCUUGAGUUGUUGGAGCUGUUCAACAGUGAGGAUCCUCGUGAAAGAGACUUACUAAAGACAAUCUUACAUCGGAUAUAUGGUAAGUUCUUGGGGCUUCGUCCUUACAUACGAAAACAAAUUAGACACCUCUUUCUAAGAUAUGUAUAUGAGACAGAAGAUUUUAAUGGCAUUGGUGAACUACUGGAAAUACUGGGAAGCAUUAUCAAUGGAUUUGCCAUACCUCUCAAAAUGGAACAUAAACAGUUUCUGAUGAAAGUACUAAUGCCCAUGCAUAAGCCGAGAGCUCUUCAUAGAUACCACCCACAGCUUGCAUACUGUAUAGUCCAGUUCUUGGAGAAAGACUGCAACUUGUCCACACCGGUUGUGAACGGUUUGUUGAAGUACUGGCCAAAAACGAACAGUAUGAAAGAGGUGAUGUUUUUGGGUGAGCUGGAGGAGGUACUCGAUGUCACACAGCCUCAUCAGUUUCUCCAUAUUCGAGAACCCGUUUUCAAGCAACUGUCCAGAUGUGUAUCAAGCACUCACUUCCAGGUAGCCGAAAGGGCAUUGUAUUUUUGGAAUAAUGAGUAUGUGAUGAGUCUGAUUGAAGACAAUUUGGAUACUGUUCUUCCAAUCAUGUUUAAAGCUCUGUACACAAUUUCGAAGAAUCAUUGGAACAAAAGUAUAGUCUCCUUGGUAUACAAUGUUCUAAAAACGUUUAUGCAGAUGAACUCAAAACUGUUUGAUGAACUUACAAACUCAUACAAAGCAGAUUGUCAAAGAGAAGUUAAGGAACGGAAGGAGCGGGAGAGAGUGUGGGGUUGCAUUGAACAGCUCGGUCAAGAGAGGCUGAAAUCACUGCAGGAGCAAUGACAUAAUAGAUUUCUAUGGAGACUAGACCAGAAGAGAGACAGGAUACUCUAGAAUGGUAGAUCUAUUGAUAUUGCAGACGAUUGUAUAACUACAGUUAACAGAUGUUAGAAGAGAGACAGAUCAGUCUGUAUAUUGCAGUGGUGUGGUGUUUAGACCAGUGGUGGUUCAUCGAUUAUUUGCUUGAAA